AUGGAUGGCGACGGCGGCGUCCAGCUGUUCGGGCACCGGCCCGCGAAGACCAGAGCGGUUGAGCGGGGCGAACGCCGCGAGGAAGUCGCGAGAGAGCGGCGGACGGGGGACGCGACGGACUUGGCCGACGGCGGAGGCGCGGGCGACGUCGUGGGUGCUGGCGGCGACAGGGGGACGGUGGAGGUCGAGCACGGCAGCGGUGGCGACGUCUUCGACACGGAGGAUGACUUCCGAUCUCUCGGCGUCAGCAAGUGGCUCUGCAACGUCUGCAGGUCGCUGGGGAUGCUGCGGCCGACGGAGGUGCAGCGCCGCACCAUUCCCCGGAUCCUCGAGGGACGCGACGUGAUCGGCUGCGCGCAAACGGGGUCCGGCAAGACGGCAGCCUUCGCUAUCCCAAUCCUCCAGAAACUCGCAGCGGACCCGUUCGGCGUCUUCGCCGCGGUCCUAACCCCGACGCGUGAGUUAGCCUUUCAACUCGCGGACUCCUUCCGCGCCCUCGGCGCGGGCAUGUCCCUGCGCGACUGCGUCGUGGUGGGCGGUCUCGACAUGCAGGAGCAGGCGCGCGAGCUUAUCAAGCGCCCGCACGUCGUCGUUGCCACCCCCGGGCGCCUGGCGGCGCUCAUGCGCCAGGAGCCGUCCGUGACGCGCGCGUUCGCGAACGUCCGCGCGCUCGUGCUCGACGAGGCGGACCGCGUGCUGGAGCCCACGUUCGAGGACGACCUGGCAACGGUGCUCGCCGCGAUGCCCAGCAAGGGUCGGCAGCUGCUUCUGUUCUCCGCGACGAUUACGCAGCCGCUGCGGGACCUCAAGGAGAUCGCGGCGAAGGGCGCGUACGUCUUCCGGGAGGGCGCCGCGGGCGAGGGCGACGGGGCCGGCGCGGCGCUGACCACUGUGCAGCGGUUGAAGGAACAGUACGUGUUUGUUCCGGCGCGCGUGAAGGAGGUGUAUUUGUUCUACCUCCUGACGCGGCUGGAGGAGCUCGGGGUGCGGUCGUGCAUCGUGUUCGCGGGGACCUGCCGCGGCUGCCACGCCCUCGAGAUGCUGCUCCAGGAGCUGGACGUGCCGGCGGUGUCGCUGCACAGCAACAAGGUGCAACGCGCGCGACUGGCAGCGCUGGAUCGCUUCCGCUCGCGGCUGGUGCCGAUCCUGGUGGCGACGGACGUGGCGUCGCGCGGCCUGGACAUUCCGACGGUCGACCUCGUCCUCAACUUCGACCUCCCGCGGCUAGCCCAGGACUAUGUCCAUCGCGUCGGGCGCACGGCGCGCGCGGGGCGCAGCGGGUGGUCGCUGUCGCUCGUGUCGCAGUACGAGGUCGCGCUGGUGCAGAAGAUCGAGGGCAUGACGGGAAAGCGCAUGGAGGAGUACGAGAUGGACGAGGGGGAGGUGUUGAAAGGUAUAACCAAGGUGUACUCGGCGCGGCGCGCAGCAUCGCUGCGGCUGUCGGACCUGGAGGGCAGCGACCCGCUCCUGCGACGCAAGCAGGCGGAGAAGGAGAUGAAGAAGCGGAAGAAGAGCGCCGAGAAGGCCGCGAAGGCGUCCAAGCGGUCGAAACACAAGCAGUGA